AUGGCGUUGACUUAUGUGUUGGCAAAGAUUGGUCCCAACGCUCUCAAUCUCUGCAAAUGCUCGUGUUGGCCCGGACCGGGUGUGAGGCUUAUCAGCUGUAUCAUCCUUGACGACGUUGAGAUCAUGGAAAAUGCAGUGGUGACCAAUGCUAUCGUGGGUUGGAAAUCUUCAAUAGGGGGAGAUGGUCACGUGUCCAGUGAGUAG